AAGCAAUCUAUAUUGAUAAAAUUGUUUAUCUAAAUAAAGAAAUGUGGUCACCGUCUUAUCUUUCUUUAAAGAGUUAAUAGUUAUAUUCGGUUUUGUUAUAGACUUUGUUGUGUUUAGCUGUAGACUAAAUAAUUAAAAUGAUUAGGAUAGUGCUGGUUAUAUUAUGUCUAAAUAUCUAUACCUUUGCCUACCAUAUCAGCAAAAUAUCUACUGAUCUGCUAGUUAGUGAUAUAAUUUUGUUACAAAAUGAAGCCUUACCAGCAGAGAACAUAAAGAAAAUUAAUAAGGCUAAGAUUACUGAGAUUUUAUUAAAAAACUGCUCUGGAGUUAUUGACCAAGAAACCUUUAAGCAUUAUCCCAAGCUUCAAAAAUUAACUCUAUUAAAGUCAAAUAUUGAAGAAAUCAACACACCUUUACCUCUUUCAUCGCUAGUAGCUCUAGGCUCGCAUUUGCCUAAUUUAAAUGAUGAUCUUCAACAGAAAUUAUCCAAAGUUCAAGCUGUUUUGCUCAUAGGUAACAAAGAUUUUGAAAUUAAUGUUCAGUCAUUAAAAAAAUUUAAGCAUCUUGAGAACUUUUUUGUCUCUCAAGCUAAUUUUAGUGAAGAAUGUGUUACAAAAGAUUGGUUUAGGGAAAUGAAUAGUUUGGAAGGGCUAGUACUUAGUGAUGUUAAUUUAAUUUGUUUAGCAGAGGAUGCGUUUGAUAGUUUAGGAAGGUUAAGGUUUCUUGACUUAAGUUAUAAUCACCUGCAAAACCUAGAGAAAAAAAUUUUUAAAAAACUAACAAAAUUGGAAAAAUUAGCAUUAUUUGAAAACCAUAUAGACCAUCUGGAUCUUAGUGUCUUAGCAAGUCAAAAAAAUCAUCUCACAAAACUUGGUAUUUCCUGGCAUGUAAUAAAAAAUAGUGGUAUUACAGCUGAACAAUUGCUACGGGCUUUACCAAAAUUAAGUCUGAUUGACUUUGGAAAAAUUGAAAUGCCCAAUGAUUUUGAAGCUGGAGAAUUUUGUGCUGUUUUAAGGCAAAAUGGAGCAAGCUGCGGCUACGAAGCAGAAUUUGGGACUGCGAAAAACUUGGGAUAUUCAUAUGUAGGUUAUACUCAUUGUGAUAAAUUGUGAUAUAUCUCAAGGAAUUACAAGAAAAUGUCUAGAUAAUUAUUAGAUAUUAGAAAUAUUAAAUUACUUUAAUUUUUUUAAGUUUUAACAACACUAGGUACUUGACUUUAUGCAUUUUUAUAUUUUAAGGGGAUGCAAAUAACUAUAAGUAAUUAUAUAUAUAAAUAUAUAUAUAUAUAUAUAUAUAUAUAUAUUCAUAUAUAUAUUUAUGAAUAUUUUCUAUUUAUUAUAUUAUUUAUUAUAUAUGUAUGUAUAAAUUCUAAGUAAAUAAAAACCUUGAAUAAAUUAA